CUCCACAGUCCACACUCUACCACUACACUUCUUAGUUCUUAGUUCAAUGCCUAUGUCUUUCUCUGCCUCCCUCCUUCCUCUCCUUUGACUAAAAAUUCAAUGGACUCUAUACUCCACCCUCACCCACUCCAUUCCCAUUCCCUCCGUUCACCAUUCCCAUUCCAAUUCCCAAUCGGAAACCAAAAACUCAUUCCCAAUUUAAACCUUCUCCGGAACAACAACAACCCCAUCUCUAUCACGCGCGCUUCCACAACCACACCCAAACACCAAAACCGAAACGACAUCGGAGUAGCCUCACCUCCCAAAUGCCUCUUCAAGGAAGCGCUCUUUUGUUUCACCCUUGGAGUUACGGCCCUCGGCGCCUUCUCCUCUCCUCCUACGGCAACUGCAAUUGCCGUCCCUGCCGUUGUGAAAGAUGUCUUUUCCUGGAAGAAGAAAAACGGCGGGAAAGAGAAGGCGAAGAGUGGUCAUGAGUACGCUGAUUGCACCGAGAAGCUUCUAGAAACGGUUUCGGUUCUUCUGAGGACUGUGGAAGGUGUUAGGAACGGGAACGGGGGAAUGGAGGAGGUGGGGGCGGCGAUGAAGGCGGUGAAUGAGAAGAAGGAGGAGGUGCGUGGGGAGAUCAAUGACAGGCUGUACCCGCAGUUGAGAGUUCUGAGAAGGCAGAAGGGUGCGUUGGGGAAACGCGCCGGGCAGAUAAUCGAUGAGAUUUUGGCUGCGAAAGGCGAGUAUGAAAAAUUGAGGAGGAAGGAGAAGAAGAAGGGGUUGGAGGAGGAAGAGAAGUUGACGGUGGAGACGAUAGAGAAGAAGGUUGCGGAGUUGGAGGAUGAGUACAAUGGGAUAUGGGAGAAAGUUGGGGAUCUUGAAGACGCGAUUUCAAGGAAGGAGACGGUGGCUUUGAGUUAUGGAGUCAGGGAGAUUAACUUCAUUCAGUGGGAGUGUGAGCAGAUGGUGGAGAGGUUUAAGCGAGAAAUGAGGCACAAGGAGAAGACCAAAAGUUUGUCUGCAAGUCCAGUUACCAGUCUCUCAAAAUUGGACGUUCAAAAGGACUUGGAAACUGCACAGAGAAAACAUUUAGAACAAAUCAUUCUUCCUAGUAUUUUGGAUGUUGAAGAUCUUGGGCCAUUCUUUCAUCAAGAUUCCAUUGAUUUUGCUCAAAGAUUGAAAAGACGUCUUCAAGAAUCAUGGGAUAUGCAAAGAAAUUUAGAGGCUCAGAUAAGAAAACAUAUGAAGAAGUUUGGCAAGGAAAAUCGCUAUAUUGUUUCCUCACCAGAAGAAGAUGUGAUUAAGGGUUUUCCUGAUGUUCAGUUAAAGUGGAUGUUUGGAAAUAAGGAGGUUGUGGUUCCUAAAGCUGUUAGCCUUCAUUUGUACCAUGGUUGGAAGAAGUGGCGCGAAGAAGCUAAAGCGGAUUUAAAACGCAAUUUAAUGGAAGAUGCUGAGUUUGGCAGAAAAUAUGUGGCUGAAAGACAGGAAAGGAUUCUUUUGGACCGUGAUCGAGUAAUGUCAUGGGCAUGGUACAAUGAAGAGAAAAAUAGAUGGGAAAUGCAUCCCGUGGCUGUUCCUUAUGCUGUCUCCAGAAAGCUAAUAGAGCAUGCUCGGAUUAGGCACGAUUGGGGUGCCAUGUAUGUUGCAUUAAAGGGGGAGGAGAAAGAAUUUUAUGUUGACAUAAAGGAGUUUGAAAUGCUUUUUGAAGAUUUUGGGGGUUUCGAUGAGCUGUAUAUGAAAAUGCUUGCCUCUGGUGUUCCAACAGCUGUUCAUCUGAUGUGGGUUCCUUUCUCAGAGCUGGACUUCCGUCAGCAGUUCCUUCUGAUAUUUAGGGUGUCUCGCUGGGUUUUUAAUGGGCUGUGGAAUUCUGAAGUUGUUGUGAAAGCAAGAAAUCGGAUCUUUACAGAACUUAAGGAUAUAACUGAUGACUUAAUGAUGGUGAUAGGGUUUCCUAUUGUGGAGUUUUUAGUCCCUUAUCCGGUGAGGAUGAGAUUAGGAAUGGCUUGGCCAGAGGAAAUAUAUCAGACAGUUGACGCCACGUGGUACUUGAAAUGGCAAUCAGAGGCAGAAUUCAAUUAUAAAUCCAGAUUAACGGAUGAACUCACUGGAUGGUACUUUUGGUUUUUUGUUAGAGCUGCUGUAUUCGGAUUUGUUAUGUUUCAUGUGUUCAAAUUUUUGCGGAGAAAAGUCCCACGUCUGUUUGGCUAUGGUCCUUUUCGAAGAGAUCCAAAUAUGCAGAAGUUGCGCCGAGUGAAGUAUUAUGUUAACCAAAAAUUAAGAAGAAUAAAGCAGAAGAGAAAGGAUGGUGUUGACCCCAUAAAGACAGCUUUUGAACAGAUGAAGAGGGUGAAGAAACCACCAAUACCUUUGAAGAAUUUUGCAAGUAUUGAGUCUAUGAAAGAGGAAAUCAAUGAAGUUGUGGCAUUUUUGCAAAAUCCAAGGGCAUUUCAAGAAAUGGGUGCACGGGCACCUCGGGGAGUUCUUAUUGUAGGCGAGAGGGGUACAGGAAAGACAUCUCUAGCACUGGCUAUCGCUGCCGAGGCAAGAGUGCCAGUUGUUGAAAUUAAGGCCCAACAAUUGGAAGCUGGCUUGUGGGUUGGACAAAGUGCAUCUAAUGUUCGGGAAUUGUUUCAGACAGCAAGAGAUUUGGCUCCUGUAAUAAUAUUUGUGGAGGAUUUUGACCUUUUCGCUGGUGUACGUGGCACAUUUAUUCAUACCAAAAAUCAGGAUCAUGAAUCUUUCAUUAAUCAACUGCUUGUGGAACUUGAUGGCUUUGAGAAACAAGAUGGGGUUGUUUUGAUGGCUACUACAAGAAAUCUCAAACAAAUUGACGAAGCCUUGCAGAGGCCAGGUCGCAUGGAUAGAAUAUUUCAUCUUCAAAGACCGACUCAAACAGAGAGAGAAAAAAUAUUAUACUUGGCAGCAGAGGAAACCAUGGAUGAUCAGCUUAUUGAUUAUGUAGACUGGAAAAAGGUUGCUGAGAAGACAGCUCUUUUACGGCCUAUUGAAUUAAAACUCGUACCUGUUGCUUUAGAAGGAAGUGCCUUCCGAAGCAAAGUUCUUGACACAGAUGAAUUGAUGAGCUACUGUGGUUUAUUUGCAACUUUCAGUUCUGCAAUUCCCUCGUUUCUGCGGAAGACUAAAAUUGCCAAGAUGUUAAGCAAAGCAUGGGUGAAUCAUCUUGGACUGACAUUGACAAAGGAGGAUCUGCAGAGUGUUGUUGAUUUGAUGGAACCAUAUGGUCAGAUAAGCAAUGGGAUAGAGCUUUUGAGUCCCCCACUUGAUUGGACGAGGGAAAGCAAAUUUCCACAUGCUGUCUGGGCAGCUGGCCGUGGUCUUAUUGCUCUUUUAUUACCAAAUUUUGAUGAGGCUGACAAUUUAUGGCUUGAACCACUAUCCUGGCAGGGAAUCGGAUGUACAAAAAUCACAAAAGCAAGAAAUGAAGGCUCCAUUAAUGGAAAUUCAGAAUCAAGAUCAUAUCUUGAAAAGAAACUUGUCUUUUGUUUUGGAUCACAUGUUGCAUCUCAAAUGCUACUUCCUUUCGGGGAAGAAAACUUUCUGUCUUCAUCUGAGAUACAACAGGCGCAAGAGAUUGCUACAAGAAUGGUCAUUCAGUAUGGUUGGGCCCCAGAUGACAGUGCUGCAAUUUAUUACCAUAGCAAUGCGUCUACUGCACUAAGCAUGGGGGAUGAUCAUGAGUAUGUGAUGGCGGCUAAAGUUGAAAAGAUGUUUGAUUUGGCAUAUCUCAAAGCAAGUCAAAUGCUACGGAAAAAUCGGCAGGUGCUAGAAAAGAUUGUAGAGGAGUUACUUGAGUUUGAAAUUUUGACUGGAAAGGAUUUGGAAAGAAUUACCAAGGAUAAUGGUGGAAUCAAAGAGAAAGAACCUUUUUCUCUUUGUGAACUUCAAGCUAGUGAGCCAACAUCCCGCGGAUUCCUUGAAAGUGGAAACGCAUUGGAAGUGCUCUCCUAACAUCCUAGAUAAAAAAGGGGAUACUAUCGGUAUUGUACAGUCUUAAGUGAGGCCCUAGUUCAUUUUUGUUAUUUUGUUUGGUUAGGAUGUUCAUUUGUACUUAGAAGCGUGAUUAACUUCCAAAUUGAUAUGGUAAAUUAUUGUCAUGCGUUUGUUCUAGGGAUGUCAACCGGCGGGGGAUGCCUCCUUGCUCCCCGUGCCCGAACCCUGAUUUGCUCCCCAUAUCUGCCCGCGACCCCACUGUGUGAAAUAUUUAUCCCCA